AUGCCGAUGUUUUAUUUAAUCUCUACCAUAAAAACUUUGGGAGUAAUUGCACUUGAAAGUUUGUCCGGAUUUUUAGUAACUACCCGUUACUGCUCACAGAAUCUCUUUUAUCGUGUUCAUUCUCGCAAUGGUGAGAAAGUCCCAAGGUCAUGGUUGUGUUAUUCACCAGCAACAUCUCGCAUUUACUGCUUUGUAUGUAAAUUAUUUUCUGCUGAUGAUAAUUCAUUCUCAAGGAAUGGUUUUUGUGAUUGGAAAAAUGCAGCUUCACGAAUACAGUCACAUGAAAACAGCAUUGCACAUAGAAAUGCAACAAUCACAUUCAGCCAAAGAGUACAAGUCAGAGGAUGUGUAGAUUCAGCAAUAGUUGAGCAAUACAGACAGGAAUGUGCAUAUGCAAAAUCUGUGCUAGAAAGAGUUGUCUCAGUUAUCAAAUUCCUUGCUGAAAGAGGGCUCGCAUUUAGAGGACAUACUGAAAUAUUGGGGUCAAGUUCUAAUGGCAAUUUUUUGGGAAUUUUGGAGUUGAUUGCUCAGUUUGAUCCAUUCCUCUCCAGUCAUAUUGACAACCAUGGUGGUAAGGGGAAAGGCUCUGUUUCAUACCUGUCAUCAACAAUUUGUGAUGAGUUAAUUGAUGUCAUGGGAAAGCAAGUUAUGAAAACAAUAUUGUCUGAAAUACGUGGAGCAAAAUUUUAUUCGAUUUCUGUUGACUCUACUCCAGACAUAUCUCAUGUUGAUAGGCUGUCAUGUGUCUUUCGAUAUGUUUUGAACAAUGGCCCUAUAGAAAGGUUUGUGCAAUUUUUAAGCAUGAAAGGACAUGGAGCAGAAGAUUUGUUUAACAGUUUAUACAGCUUUCUGGAAGAAGCAAAGUUGGAUAUAAAAUAUUGCCGAGGUCAGUCCUACGAUAAUGCUAGCAAUAUGGCAGGAAAAUAUUCAGGGUUACAGGCACGCAUUCGAGAGAAGAGCCCAUUGGCUGAAUAUGUGCCAUGUUUUGCACACUCCCUUAAUUUAGUUGGUGCAUCAGCUGUAAACUGCGUGACAACAGUGAGUGGAUUUUUUGAUUUUGUACAAAACUUGUAUGUCUUUUUAAAUGCAUCAACCCAACGGUCGGAGCUUCUAACCAAAGGAUUGGAUAGUAACCAGUUAGUUCUAAAACGCCUUUCUGAUACUCGAUGGUCAGCACAUUCUGCAGCAACUAAAGCAUUGAGCAAAGGCUUUAAAAAUGUUAAGACAGUGUUAGAGAACAUUGCUGAGGACCCCGAGGAGAAGGUUGAAGCUCGCACUACAGCUGCAGGAAUUGCAAAGAAGAUGGAUCAGGUAGAAUAUGGAAUUUUAUUAGAACUCUGGACACCCAUAUUAGAUCGCUUUCAUAAGACCAGUUUAAAACUGCAAAGUCCACAACUUGAUCUAAAUGAGGCUGUUCAACUGUUAACUUCACUAAAAGAAUAUGUAAAUUCACUUCGAGCACAGUUUGAUUUCUUUGAGAAGAAAGGAAAGGAAGUAACAGGGUCAACUUCUUAUAAAGAAGAGAAUCAGAGGAAACGAAAGCGAAGUGUUCAAUUAACCCGUCAUGAUGGAUCAGCUGAGGCAUACAGUGGUGUAUACAGUGAGGCAUACAGUGGUGUAUGUGAUAAGUUUGGUUUUCUGAGAAACAUUCGAUCACUGGAACAGUCUGAUUUGCGAAGAGCCAGUAGAAACUUGAUAGAUACUUAUGUAGAUGAUUUGGAAGAGUCAUUUGAAGAUGAAAUACUUCACUUCAAAGAAUAUUUUUUAGCUGAUACGUACUUGCAACAGAAUGAGAAAGAACUGAAAUGUAGCAUAGAGCUGUAUAUGUAUCGGGCUUUGAGAAACAGCAGUGCACUACAAGAUAUAUUUCCAAAUGUUGCCACAGCACUUCACAUAUACCUCAGUUUGAUGAUCACCAACUGCAGUGAUGAAAGAUCAUUCUCUGCAUUGAAACGGAUAAAAAACUAUCGGCGAAGUGCUUUGGGUGAUGACAAACUGAAUUCCCUUACUGUUAUGUGUACUGAAUCUGACAUCCUAAGAAGCUGUGACUUCAAUGAAAUUUUAUCAGACUUUGUUGAACGAAAAUGCAGAAAAAUGAAUUUUUGA